GGAAAUGCACUUCCGGUCGGUGAGACGUGGCUGAGAGUGGAAAAUCUUUCAGCAGAGAAUUCGGGAGUCUGCUGUAGUGCUCCAUCUCUUCUACUCAGCAGUGCCUGGAUGGCAGGGUCAACCCGGAGUCAAAACUGUAGGAAUUUCAGCAGGGCUCCUCUAUUCCUUACAGCACCCUACAUGUUUCUUCCACGUGCAUUGCGGAGGUCUGGGCUGAUGAGCGCAGGACCCCAGAGGCCCGUCUGGGCAUUUGCUGUGCUGCUCCUUGGUGCCGCCCUACUGGCGUUAUCCUUCGGCGGGAAGAUGAUGGCUCAGACCGCUGUGGCCCAGGCAAAGACUGCAGCUGCAGGACCAGGACCAGGACCAUUACCUUGGAGCAUUAAGGACCUUCUAGACCUCCAAUACCUGGAUGAGCUGUUCUCCGUUGACAACCUAGAUGUUUGGUUCUGCUCCCUCUUGGGAUCGAUUGCCAUUGGACUCAGUGGUAUCUUUCCGCUUUUAGUGAUACCCAUUGAAGCUGGAACAACUUUAAAAACUGAGGCUGGGUGUCAGAAGUUGAAGAAGCUGCUGAGUUUUGCCAUUGGUGGUCUCCUAGGAGACGUGUUUCUCCACCUCCUUCCUGAAGCCUGGGCUUACACUUCCAGUCCUGAUGGGUCCCACAGACACUAUCGUACGCAGGGUUUGUGGGUGAUAGGGGGUCUGAUGUCUUUUCUGAUCUUGGAGAAGAUGUUCCCUGAUGAAGACAGUGGCCCAGAGAGCAGAGCUGCCUGCCAAAAAGCCAAAUCCUCUUCAACAGACACGAGCACCGAGGUCUCUGUGUCCCCACAAACAAAUGGCAUCUGCUCAAACAACAACUCCGACUCCAAGCCAAAGACUGACAUCAGCCCUUACACAGAGCCAGAGAAAAUAAAGACAAGUGGUUACCUAAACCUUCUUGCUAACUGCAUUGAUAACUUCACUCAUGGGCUGGCAGUGGCAGGAAGCUUCUUAGUAAGCCGAAAGGUUGGUUUCUUAACAACGUUCGCUAUUUUGCUUCAUGAGAUCCCUCAUGAGGUGGGCGAUUUUGCCAUUUUGCUGCGAGCAGGCUUUGACCGUUGGAAAGCCACCCGUAUGCAGCUCUCUACAGCAUUAGGAGGAGUCCUGGGGGCGUGUUUUGCUCUUUGCUCCCAAUCACAGCAUGGGGCAGAGAAUGCCACAGCCUGGAUUCUGCCCUUCAGCUCAGGUGGCUUUAUCUACAUCGCCUUGGUCAAUGUGGUACCUGAUCUGCUGGAGGAGACCAACCCUAGGAACUCCUUUUUGCAGGUUCUGCUGUUGUUUUGUGGGAUUGCAGUCAUGGCUCUUCUCUCAGUCAUCAUAGACUAGCCACAGGCGAGCACUGCUUUUAUCAAGGGACGUUUAGAGUGCCACCUAGCAUUGACUUAUGUACUAUUCACUUCAGUGUUUCAGCUUUAAAUAAUUUAGACAUUUUUGUCACCCCAAAGACUGUGUGAGGAAAGACCAAAUAAAGAAACAGCCUUGACAAUCAGGUGUGAUUUUAGCCUUAUCCUUCAAACACCGGGAAUCGUCUGUGUCCAGAUUAAAUUCAGACUUAACUCAUGAUGCCUUAUAGGCACCAGCUGAAACUGAAGGGAAAUACAGGUUUGUGCAAACGGUGCUCAGAAUUAACAGUAGUUGUUUUGGUUCAAAUACGCCAUCUAAGCUGCUCUUAUUUUGCAUUCUUGUUCAUAAUCAUGUUCCAGCCUGGUGUCAAUGACUUAUGCUCAGUAAGAAGAACCUGUUACUUUCCUUUGUCAGUAGUAGGUUUCAUCACUGUGAUUUGCUUGACCUGUUGUGAAACUGCAUGUGCCGUAUUUAAACACAUUCUUUAUUAAGAAACAGUGUACAGGCACAUACACUUACAUAAUCCGAUUUUUGAUGGUCACCAUCAUUGCUUUUUUUUUUUUAAGCUAAUACUGCUUCACUUUUAUAAAUGAUUCUGUGGAAGUUACAUCUAUUUAAGCUCAUUUCACACUACAUUUGCUCAAGACAUCCACGCUUUGCAUGAGUACAUAUUCCUCUUGCACAUACAUGAUUGAACACACUCCUGUCAAACACUUUUGAAAAUACUCAACAGGCCUUAUUUUCUUACAGUAUUUACUCUUGUUAUUGAUUAUAUCCUGAUAGCCACUACAUUGCUGCGUUUUCAUUUUAAUUCUCUGAGUUUCUGUUCGUUGUGGUCCUGGCACAGCGAUUCAGAAUUUUGAGUGAUUUAGUCUAGAGGAUUGACGGAUUCAUAAGCAGACAGUUCUUUUACUCGAAUGACUUGGUGCCAUUUCAUACAUUUCGAUCAAAUUUUAAAGAAGAUAAUGAAAUAGUUGAUAAAUGGAUUGCCUGUUUUGCCAGUUUUGUACAUGGAAUGUUACUGAAAGAAUGUUCUGAACGCAUCACUUGGCAGGUCAGAACGGUCUUUGCCAAAAUGUAAAUAUUUGAAAAGAGAUUAUAUAUAUUUAUUCUAUUAACAAUGUCAUGUUGAAAGAAAAAUGUAUAACUUUUAAGACUUGAGUCCUCCCAUUGUAUAGUUGAAUUAAAGAGAUGUUACUGUUUGAUUUAAA